AUGCCGCGAUUGCCCAGACCUCCACCAAAUCCCAACGCAACGCUGAGCAAGACUACGCCACAAGAGAGCGUUUUACUGCCAGGGUAUAAGACCCCAAGAGUUAACGAAACUAGCCAACCACUCACCGCAGCAGAUCCGAAUACGGAGCUCCCAGCCAUAGGAAACACCGCCGCAUCCCUGCAGGCUGCUCGAGCUCAAGUGCCGGCCAGUGCCGUCGAAAAGGAAUUCAUAUACAAUCUUCAACAGCAGGUCUAUUUCUUGGAGCUCCAGUCAAAGCUGCUCCGCGACAAACUCGUUGACGCAGGGCCAAAACUAAAGUCACGCUCAGUAGAGGCAAACCCUGCAUUUGACAAGUCUCUUGAUGCAGCUCUUCCUCUUCAGGAAUACAUAGAAGGCUUACGUAACGCUUAUUCAGAGUUGGAGUCUAAGUAUCAAGCAGAUUCCAAGGAGUUGAAAAGUAAGUAUGAGGCUGCACAGCAUGAUCUAGCCGCUGCCACCGCUGAAAUUGCUUAUUUGAAGAAGAAGACGGAAGACUUCCCGAAGGAGUUAGCACGAGCAUCUAACCAGAUGGUUGCACAACUUCAAAAGCUAAAUGAGGAGCGUGAGGCAUUGGAUGCCCAGUUGAAGGAGGCGAACCUUGACAUAGAUCAUCUCCGUGAUGAACUCGCAGUGACCAAGUCUCAGCUUGAGCUGCGGACAGCAGAGCUUGCAGAUACCUGUCGGGAAAAGCAGAUUCUGGAGCAGCAGGUCCAUGACGUAGAGCGUAACUUUCUUUCUGCUUCUAAAGCUGAAGAGCGAGAGCGAUGUCUUGCUGAAGCACUUGCAGAUCUGAAGAAGCUCAAGGCAGACAUGGGCUACCUCCAAACGGAGCUUAACGAUACACGAGCGUCUGAGAAAAAGGCAUCAGAUAUGCGCUGGGAAAUGGAUCGAACAAUCGAGGAGCACAAACUAACAAUCAGCGAGCUUAAUUCCUCUGUUAAGCAUCUACGGGAAGAAAAUAAGCUACUUUCUAAUUCUUUAUCAGAGGCUCGGAGAAAGCUUGAGGAGCUCGCCACUAAGGAAUCCCUCAGUCGAAAGAAGUAUGAUGAGUUGAAUAACGAAUCCACAGACCUCUUGCGGGAUGCACGGACCCAGGCAGAGCUGCAUAAGCGACAGAUAGGUGAGGCAGAGUCUCGAAGGAAAUUCUACGAGGCACAGAAUCUUGACCUGCUGAGAGAUAAAGAGUACCUGGAGAAGACUAAUGACUCAAUCAAGAGCAUGCAAGAACUUCUGUCUCGCAAGCUAGAUGAGUGCCGAGCAGAGCUGGCUGCCUCACAGGAAGCAGCUCACACACACGCAGCGUCCCUCAAGACCCUGGAGCAGAGGCUGGCUAUGGCAUUGGAGGAGAACCAGAUGAGCGCAAACCAGAUAGACGGAUUCAAGCGGAUCAUUGAGCGGAGCUGUGCCGAACUAGAUCUCAAGGAUAGGGAGAUAGAUGCUUACAAGGCUUUAGUUUCUAUAGACCCAGAAGAAUUUAUGCGACUUCAGCAAACAAACCAUGAGUUGGCCCUCAAGCUCAACGGCUUCAACACAAGGUUCUCCAGGCUGGGGAGCGAUGCCAGGGAAUUCAUUCAAAGCGGCUGGAAGCUGUCACGGAACCAAGAGCUGGCCAAGGCCAGCGCCGGCUUCCAUGAGAUAGAGCCAGGACCGGACUCUUGCUCCCCAGACAGCUUUGACGCCCGGGCAGCAAGUGAAAAGAUGCGGACGGACAAAGAUAGACAAGGAAGACGCACCGAACUCUCUAUGGGUGAUCAGAUGCGUCAGCUUGCGGCAGACAUGCUUCAAGAAACCCGAGGACAGCUGGGCUUCAACAGCGAAAACGACCAGAAUGUCGAAGACUUUCGCAAGUAA